ACUAGUGGUGGCAUCGGCAAGUUCGCACCCCUCUCUUCUCUUUCAUCGAUUCGAUAGAGCGGUCGCGAAACUUUUAUGUUUUCCUUUUUGCAAAAAAUUCCGGGAAAAUAUUAGUCACCGGAAAAUGUUCCUAUCUCAUCCUCCUCAAGCUAUACAACCGACUUGUUAUACCGUCAAUUUCUUGCCUCGCUCUUCUUCGAAACCACCGUCGUAUUCCGUUGCCUUUUACAAUCAUUCGACAACCUCCGCCGCGGGAGCUAAAAUCUCAAACAAUCAUCUAAUCCAGUCGUUGUGCAAAGAGGGUAACUUAAAACAGGCGCUUCGCCUCUUGUCUCAGGAACCAAGCCCCCCUAGUCAACAGACUUACGAGCUUCUGAUUCUCUGCUGCGGUCGUCGAAGCUCUCUCCCCGAUGCUCUACGUGUUCAUCGGCACAUUCUGGAUAAUGGGUCUGAUCAAGAUCCUUUUUUGGCCACGAAGCUUAUCGGUAUGUAUUCAGACUUAGGCUCAGUUGAUUAUGCACGCAAGGUGUUCGAUAAAACGCGUAAGAGAACUAUAUACGUAUGGAACGCUUUGUUCCGAGCUCUUACGUUAGCGGGUCAUGGAGAAGAAGUGUUGGGUCUGUACUGGAAGAUGAAUAGGAUUGGAAUUGAAUCAGAUAGGUUCACUUACACUUACGUUCUCAAGGCUUGUGUCACAUCAGAAUGCACUGCGGAUCAUCUAGCGAAAGGGAAAGAGAUUCACGCACAUCUUACCCGACGGGGAUACAAUUCGCAUGUUUACAUCAUGACUACAUUGUUGGACAUGUAUGCUCGAUUUGGCUGUGUGGAUUAUGCUAGCAAUGUAUUUAAUGGGAUGCCUGUUAGAAAUGUGGUGUCCUGGAGCGCGAUGAUAGCCUGCUAUGCAAAGAACGGGAAGGCUUUCGAAGCUCUGAAGACUUUCCGCGAAAUGAUGACAGAAACCGAAGAUUCAUCCCCGAAUUCUGUGACUAUGGUGAGUGUGCUUCAAGCUUGUGCUUCGCUUGCGGCUUUAGAGCAAGGGAGAUUGAUUCAUGGGUACAUACUCAGGCGUGGGCUUGACUCCAUAUUGCCUGUGAUCAGUGCUCUUGUGACAAUGUAUGGUAGAUGCGGUAGGCUCGAAGUGGGACAAAGAGUAUUUGAUCGGAUGCGUGAGCGUGAUGUUGUAUCCUGGAACUCCCUGAUAUCAAGCUAUGGCGUUCACGGAUAUGGAAGGAAAGCAAUUGAAAUAUUCGAAGAGAUGCUGGCCAAUGGGGCUUCCCCAACUCCUGUAACAUUUGUCAGCGUUCUGGGAGCUUGCAGCCACGAGGGACUUGUUGAAGAAGGAAAAAGAUUGUUUGAGUCAAUGUCGAGAGACCAUGGGAUUAAACCCCAAGUCGAGCAUUAUGCUUGUAUGGUUGAUCUGUUAGGUCGGGCGAAUAGGUUAGAGGAGGCAGCGAAGAUGGUACAAGACAUGAGGAUUGAGCCAGGGCCUAAGGUUUGGGGUUCCCUUCUCGGGUCUUGUAGAAUUCACGGUAACGUUGAGCUGGCUGAGCGUGCGAGUAGAAGGCUAUUUGCUCUUGAGCCGAAAAAUGCAGGGAACUAUGUGCUGUUGGCAGACAUUUACGCUGAAGCUCAGAUGUGGGAUAAGGUUAAGAAAGUGAAGAAGCUUCUAGAAUACCGAGGACUGCAGAAACUGCCUGGUCGGUGCUGGAUGGAAGUGGGGAGGAAAAUGUACUCGUUUGUCUCGGUGGAUGAGUUCAAUCCUCUAAUGGAACAGAUUCAUGCUCUCUUGGUUAAGUUAGCAGAAGAUAUGAAGGAGAAAGGGUACAUACCGCAGACCAAAGGCGUUUUGUAUGAUCUUGAGACGGAAGAGAAAGAGCGGAUAGUGCUGGGACACAGUGAGAAACUGGCGUUGGCGUUUGGGCUGAUAAAUACAGCGAAAGGAGAACCUAUAAGGAUCACCAAGAACUUGCGUUUGUGUGAGGACUGUCACUUGUUUACAAAGUUCAUCUCAAAGUUUAUGGAAAAGGAGAUUUUGGUUAGAGAUGUGAACCGGUUUCAUCGGUUUAAGAAUGGUGUUUGUUCUUGUGGAGAUUACUGGUGAUACUUUGGGGACUUUAUACGUUUGCUUAUGAAUAAUAAGCAAGGGAAGGAGACAUGUCGACUUGAGCUCCCUCUUUGACCUAAUCAGGCCAAAGAAAUAACAAACAGGUGAGGCUUAAUAAAAGUUUCAUGUAAUAUAUGCCAACAAUAUCUGUUGGGGAUCAUGAUUGUUAUAGCAUACAUAUUUGUAUUUUAGCGGCUGGAAUAAAGUUUCAAAGACAGCUGGUCUUAAACGAAUUGGUUUAGGAA